UUUGUAUUAUUUCUCUGAUUUCUAUUUACGUUCGCGGUCGUUUCUCUCUGACUGCCGACUACCGCUAGUCAAUCCAGAACGAACGUGUACUUCCUGCCUAAGAUUUCACGUAAUUUACAGUCUUAAAGUACGAUAUUGUGACAUUUUUGAGUGCACAUACAUUUUUAUAAUUAGCACUACAGACAUCUGCGUUCACUUGAAAACUCUAAAGUACUUGAAGGAAUGAGGACGAAAUAUCUGCUAGCACCUAUAUGUUUGCUUUCCUUAUUUAUUAGUCAAAUUGAAGCCAACAAUCCUCAGGUAUUACCGAAUCCAUUAUCUUCAAAGAAAGAUCGUCAGAAAUCGGAAAAACUUCCACCGUGUAAAGCAUGCACGGUUCUAGUAAAUUCCUUUCGCGAUGGUAUGAAACGAACCGAACGUUCAAAACACGAAGGCGGUGACGCUGCCUGGGAAGAAGAACGGCUGGGCAGCUAUAAAACAAGCGAACUAAGACUUGUAGAAAUACAAGAAAGUCUUUGUCGCGAUGUCAUCCGCGGGGAAGACCAAUGCCAUCAGUUGGCUGAGGAGUACGAAUCACUCAUUGAGGAAUGGUGGAAACAGCAUCAAAAUACCGAGCCCGACCUGCACCGAUGGUUGUGUAUCGAUCAAGCUUUGGUUUGUUGUGCUGAUGGGUUUUACGGUCCGGACUGCGCACCGUGUCCGAGUUGCUUUGGGAAUGGUAAAUGUAAAGGCAACGGAACUCGAAAAGGGAACGGCCGAUGUGCCUGCGACGAAGGAUACGCCGGAGAUAAUUGUGACUCCUGCGGUCCAGAGCACUAUGAGGCGUUUCGCGAUGCGGACAAGUUGCUUUGCACGAAGUGCCAUAAAGCUUGCGCCGCCGGAGGUUGCACCGGAGCGGGACCGAAUGCUUGUCGCAUUUGCCGGAGUGGAUGGAUCAUGGACAGCCAGCGAGGUGGAUGCACGGAUAUUGAUGAGUGUGUCACAGCCAACACCUGCACUAAGCAUCAGUUUUGCGUAAACAACGAAGGAUCGUUUAGUUGUUUGGAUUGUGACAAAUCCUGUGACGGGUGUGACGGCGAUGGUCCUGACAUGUGCAGAACAUGUGCGGAUGACUAUGAACUGAGAGAUGGAAUGUGCACAGAUACAUCGAGCGAAAAACGCAACCAGUACGUAAACUUCACACGCUAUCUAACCUAUCUGGGCCUAUGCAUAGCAACCUGUAUUGUACUGCAGAGCUCAACUUGGCUUGCCGCCUUCGUUGGUGUGGCCGUUGCUGUCUACAUCUCCGUGUCCGAGUACUGGUUAAACACCAGCCCGCAAGGGACAACAGCCUCUGCUCCUUCACCAAAGAUUCUCGAUGACAUUUUGCAACAGCAAUAGCUUCCGAUCUCUUAUUGUUAUGACUCCAAGAAAAAUGGGGGUGUUCUAGCUACCCAGUGUCAGGAAGUAGAUUAGUUAACGCGAAAACAUUUUAAAAUAAUUCGACAUCCUACCUAAUAGAGAGAGAGAGCUGGCUGUUUUACAGACUCUAAUUUUUGUAAGUAUUUAGUGAUACCUCCAACGCAGCUGGCCAUUUUGUGUGAUCUAAUUCGAUUCAAACUAUUAUUUAAUUCGAUAAGUAGGGUAUUAACGCAACCGGAAAGUUGAGCAAAAUCAAUAAAAAUGUAAGAGAACCGAUCAAUAUAAGGAAGAUAAAAUGUACCCAAUCGUAGUCGAAAGUUAUCAUUUUGCAGAUUCACUUCUAUUGUCGAUUGUUUGUUUCAGGUAUCACCAACGGUAAACAAUACAAAGUUACAGAAACUGAUUAUGACAAGGAUGAACUGUAAGACAAAGUAGGAUGACGUACUGAGCUUUUGUUACAUCAUUAUUUGGGCCGUUACAGUAUUGGUGACUACACUACUUUCCGGCUAUAAUAAUACAAACCAUUUUUUUUUAUGUUCA